ACCAAGCGGAGAACCGUGAACAGCACAGUGAGGAUGGAAGAAAACAGAAAAGAUAGCGGAGUAGUGGCCAUGGCCGCCAGUUACCAGGGGUUUGAUCCUGCAGCGUAUCUGCAGUAUAACUACACUCCACCGAGGGCUGACUUCGAGAGGACAGACAGCAUUGUGCCGUGGAAACUGGCCUGUCUCCACCGAGCUUUCACCGAAGGUGAUGUGAGUGGUGAGCUGCUGGUGGACAUAGGUUCCGGUCCGACCCUGUACCAGGUGCUGAGCGGCUGUGAGGUUUUCAAAAAGGUGCUGCUCACAGACUUUCUGGAGGUCAACAGGCAGGAGCUGAGGCGCUGGCUGCAGGACGAGGGCGGCUGCAACAUGGAUUGGACGCCUUACCUCCAGCACGUGUGCAAGCUGGAGGGACGAAGGGCCUCAGAAUGGACGGAGAAAGCUGCCAAGCUACGUCAGGUCAUCACGGACAUCCUCCCAGUUGAUAUUCACCUCCCUCAGCCUAUGGCCCCAGGUGCCCUUCCUUCAGCAGGGGCAGACUGUCUGGUCUCCUCCUUCUGCCUGGAGGCAGCCAGCCCCGACCUGGCAGCUUUCACCAAGGCCUUGGGCAACAUCAAGACGCUCCUACGACCCGGUGGCCACCUCAUGCUCAUCGGGGCCCUUGGAGAGAGUUACUAUUUCGGGGGCCCUGGAGUGAAGAUCCCUGUGGUCCCACUGAAUGAGGAACAGGUCUGUGCUAGUUUGAAGGAGACCGGCUUCACCCUGAUCCGGCUGGAGGUUUACAUACUGCCUCAGGACAUGAGGGUCGGGGUGGAUGAUGUGUCUGGGGUGUUUUUUGUAAAGGCAAGAAAAGACUAAAGGAUGAAGUGAAGUGCAGGCAAAGGAAAGAGUGAUACAUGUGAAAGUAGCCAUGCAGAUAUUAAUGAAUAAAAAAUUAAGGAAGAAUACAGAAUCAAGAAAGCCAUGCUCCAGUUUUGUCCUCAUUAUUAUAUGAUAGUUUAUAAUUUAGCAUCUUUACACAGCAGUUCACACACAGUAUAUUUUAAAAUUCUGAAUGUUUCUUUGUGCUUCAGAGGUUGAUGACUGUCCUGUUGUGUUCUGUUAUAUAUCGUAAUGUGAAUAAAGACGAACUGUUAACACAAUGCCUUUGUCAUCAUGUUUUCUUUCUGAACAUUGUGUUGAUAGAAUUCUUUCCAAUAUUAAAAUAGAUUGA